CGGCAUCCAGAAGGCGGGACGUCGGCGGUCUCUGCACCUCCAAGCCGAGCGGCGGCCGGCGGCCCUUGCUCUUUACCACGGCCCGGGCUCUCCGGGGGUGCGGAGCAUGGUCCCGGGCCAUCGCCGGUGGAGCGAGGAUGCCAACAGGGAGGGUGGCGGGCUGGAGGGUGGCGGUUCUGUGUGUGUGGGUCUCCUGUGGCGCUGCCGCGGGACCACUCGAGUACUCAGUGCUGGAGGAGACCCCGCGGGGCGUGGCCGUCGGCAAUGUCACGGCGGACCUGAGGCUGUCCGCGGCGGUUCUGUCCCGGCGGAACUUUCGCUUCCUUUCCAGCCACGACGGGCCCUACUUCGGGGUGGAUCUGGCCAGCGGUAGCGUGGUGGUCCGAGAGCCGGCGGACCGCGAACGGCUUUGCGGGGCCAAAGCUCCCUGCGUCUUGACCUAUGAGCUGGUGCUUGAGGACCCGCUGGAGCUGCACAAGAUGCGCAUCCGCGUCCUGGAUAUCAACGACAACGCGCCUCUCUUCCCCGCCCGCGACGUGCAGCUGCACAUCCCCGAGUUCCUGGCGCCGGGGGCCCGUUUCACCCUCCCCAGCGCCCAAGAUGCCGAUGAGGGAAGCAACGCGGUGCUCAGCUACAGCCUGAGCCCCAGCCAGCACUUCCGCCUGGACGUGGGGUCGCGGGCCGACCGCAGCGAAUUCCCAGAGUUGGUUCUGGAGAAAGCUCUGGAUCGCGAGGAGCGCGCCACCCACAGGCUGGUGCUCACCGCUCGCGACCGCGGGCGGCCCGCACGCUCCGGGGACGCGCAGGUCACCAUCACUGUGGUGGACACGAACGACAAUGCGCCUGUAUUUGAGCGCACGGUGUAUCGCACCAGGGUGCCAGAGACUGUACCCAACGGGACCGUGUUAGUCCGAGUGCAGGCCUCGGACCCGGACGAAGGCUCCAAUGGGGAAGUCCGGUACUCCUUGAGCAGCAGCACGCAGGCAAAGCUGCGACAUCACUUUCACGUUCAUCCUAGAAAUGGGGAGGUGCGGGUAGCAGCUUUGCUAGGUCCUCCUGACACGCUGCUGGAGGCAUACAUCGAGGCGAGGGAUGCGGGCGCCUUCGGGCUGGCCAGCACCGCCCAACUGCUGGUGGAAGUGACCGACGUGAACGACCACGCCCCGGAGGUGAGCCUGCUGACUCUCUCCAGCCCCAUUUCCGUUUCCGAGGGCACCGCCCCGGGCACAGUGAUUGCUCUCCUCAGUGUGAGGGAUGAGGACCUUGGUGCCAAUGGGAAGGUCGUUUGUAGCAUAUCCAAUGGAGGCCCUUUUAAGCUGAAGGCUUCUUUGGACAAUUACUACAGUUUGCUCACGGAUGGGCCCCUGGACCGGGAGCAGGUCAGCGAAUACCAGGUCCUGAUCACCGCCUCAGACGGUGGCUCGCCACCACUGAGCACCCGCAGGACACUGACUGUGUCAGUGGCUGAUGUGAAUGACAAUGCACCAAGCUUUUCUCAACCCCAACAGGAACUUUCUGUGGCUGAAAACAAUGGCCCGGGGGCCUCUCUAGGCCGCGUGUUUGCCCAGGACCCAGACUUAGGGAACAAUGGCCUUGUCUUCUAUGAGCUGUUGGGUAUUAGCUCUGAAGGGCAGACAGCCGCCAGCUGGGUGGCAGUCGGAUCAACCAGCGGGGCGAUCACUGCCAAAACUUCCUUUGACUUUGAGCAGCUCAAGGAAGUUCACUUUCAAGUGGAAGCCCGGGAUGGGGGCAUUCCUCCCCGAAGUGCAACCGUGACUGUGAACUUGUUUGUGGUAGAUAGGAACGACAAUGCUCCCGUCAUCUUGUUUCCCGUGACCAGAAGUGGGACCGUCCCAGUGGAAAUCGUGCCCCGCUCUGCCAGAACCGGACACUUGGUCACCAAAGUCGUCGCGGAGGAUGCAGACAGUGGCUCCAACGCCUGGCUUUCCUACCACAUCUCCCAGGCUUCGGACUCGAGCCUUUUCAGAAUUUCAGCCAACAUGGGAGAGCUCCGUACUGCCCGCUCAGUUCUUCCCACUGAUGCAGUGAAACAGAGGGUGGUAGUAGUGGUUCGGGACCAUGGAGACCCACCACUCUCCUCCUCUGUCACACUGGGUGUGCUGUUGAGCAACUCCGUUCCUCAGGUCCUUCCAGACUUUGAAGAUGCCUGGGAAACAGGAGGGCACUUUUCUGCCCGGAACCUGUAUUUAGUAAUUGCUCUGGCCUGUAUUUCCUUUUUAUUUCUGGGGUGCUUACUUUUCUUUGUGUGCAUCAAGUUGAGCCAGAGCCCAGGUUAUUGCUCUCAGAGCAGCUGUUGCUCUCCAGAGGAGCUGAGGAAUGGAAGGGAGGUGACUUCGAAUCCUUGCAUGGCAUCAGCCACAAUAGAUGUCACUACAGUCGAGAGACUUUCUCAGACCUAUCUCUAUUGGGCCUCCCUGGGACUUGGUUCUGAUAAUAACAGUUUGCUCUGGCGUGGGGAGUGCAGUGCUGCUGACCUGAGAAAUCUGGCCACUGGGGUAGGACUGAAUUUGCCAAUAUCCUGUAUUCAGAUUCGGAAUAGGAAAGAGCACGUAAAUGUCAAUGCCGUGCCACGACAGCCCAAUCCUGACUGGCGUUACUCUGCCUCCCUGAGAGGAGGAAUGCACAGCUCCGUGCACCUGGAGGAGGCUGGCAUUCUACGGGCGGGACCAGGAGGAUCUGAUCAGCAAUGGCCAACAGUAUCCAGUGCAACUCCAGAACCUGAGGCAGGAGAGGUGUCCCCUCCAGUCGGUGCUGGUGUCAACAGCAACAGCUGGACCUUUAAAUACGGACCAGGCAACCCCAAACAAUCUGGUCCCGGUGAGUUGCCCGACAAAUUCAUUAUCCCAGGAUCUCCUGCAAUCAUCUCCAUCCGGCAGGAGCCCACUAACAGUCAAAUUGACAAAAGUGACUUCAUAACCUUCGGCAAAAAGGAGGAGACCAAGAAAAAGAAGAAGAAGAAGAAGGGCAACAAGACCCAGGAGAAAAAAGAGAAAGGGAACAGCACGACCGACAACAGUGACCAGUGAGGUCCUGUAAUGGAAAUAAGCCACUUAGCCAGUUUUUGUAAUAAUGGCAACUCUCUCCCGUGUAGCAACUCCCCCUCCUUUCUCCUAUCCCCCCUCUCGAUAGACCUCAGAAACCUGCAGGAAGUUCCCUGAGUUUGUCUAGAUCUCAUUGGACAGGUUUUGUCUGAAAAGCUUCGCUAAGUCUGGUGUUAACUCUUUCUCUCCACUCUGGCUUGUUUUCAGAACCUAAAAAGCAGACCCAAGUUUCCUUUCUCCUCCGCCGCAAAGGAGAGACUUCCCAGCCCCGCCAGUGAGAGCUUGGACUCCCUGCCCUGAGCUCCGGGGAUCCUGUCUUGAUGACACUUGCAGGGCAGGCUGAAAGGUUUUAAGAUCCAGCAGCUUGGGUGUCUGUGGCCACUAGGCAUGCGUGGCCACCGGGGGUAUGUGAGGUCCACAUUGGCUGGGAUGGGCCAGAUUAAAAUAGUUGGUGAAAGGAGGGCUGGGAAACAGGCAAAUGGACACGGGGAGUUACCCGUCAGGAGGGGAAAUGUGAAAUUUAAAAGGAACCAGACUUUCUAAAUCUUACAACUCAAGAGGUGGUGGCUACCCUCGAUCAGCCAAACUGUCCUCACGGACAAGGCUUUAGCAGUCCCUAAAGUCCGUUGGCUGUGAUGUCAUUAUACCUAAAACCUGAAUUGUAUCUACAAGUCAACAGUUCAGUGUGUAGCAGGGGGCCAGCCAGGGCAACAGAAGCAGAUCUGAUGCGUUUCCUGGACAUGUCCUUGUGCUCACUUUAUGAAAAUUUCUUUUGCACACGGUGUUUAUGAAAAGGCCAGAUCCUUUUCCAAUAACACAUAUGCAAAAGCAAAAGAAAAAAAGAAAACCCCAACACCUCACUUUAUGCUGUUUGUUGUUCGAUAGAUUUAUUUAAAACAGAGAAAUUCUAUAACUAUAAAUCUUUAAAGAGAGCUAUGAUGAAGACAAUUCCCCUAAACUCGCCUCAAAACUGAAUUCAGUCUACAGCCAUUUAAAUGAUCAUUGCUGCUACAGAAGUGCUUUAAGAGAAUUGCCUGGAACAUCUGUAUUAUACCGGCCACCUGCCAAUCACAGCUUUACUCUUUCAGGUCACCCUGGGGCUGCCUCUUGCAUGUAUAUAUUACUGAAUAAAAGGAUCUUUCUCUCUCUCUUUUCUAAAAAACACUUACGUGCACUUUGAGUACACAACCUUCUCUAGCCAACUAUAUCAAGACCCAGAAAUUGAAGAAAAAUAUUGUUUUCUCAUACACACAGUGAGCAGACUUUGCAAUCCUCUAAUUCUGUGAUCUGUCUUGGUGCGCUAGCCUACACCUUCUCUUUGGUUUGUUACCUUUUCUAUAACACUCUGAACUGCUAAUCUUGCUAACACCUAUGCUGUUACCUGAGAUCAAGCUCCCAUGUGUAUGCUGUAUGCUAUUAUAAGACUCCUGAAAUAUACCUACUCUGUGCUUGUGUAUGUGAAUGUUAAUGCAACAAUUACCUAGAGUGAACUUUAAGCUUUAUUGUUGAAUGUAAUUCCAUCAUAUUUCCUUUUGUACGCCUGUGAAAAAGUGGACUAAUGUUUUUUUAACCAUUGUUAAUCAGCUUUUGUGUAUGUAAGACACAGUAAAAUUUAUUUCUUAAAUCAAGA